AUGACUAGGGUCACGAAGCAUUGCAGGUGUCUGGAGUACUGUGGAAGAGAGUUGAAGGCGCAGUGCGAGCGGAUGGAGAAAGAGGACCGUCGGAUCACAUCCAUCGAUCUCACGCACAUCCCUGAGAGCGACACCGAAGCCGACAACCAUGGCCUCCAUGGGAGCAGGAGGCGACGAGGGAAGGACGCGGACGGUGUUGUCAUGUACGGUCUAGGCUGGCAGCCCAGCAGGGACGUGGAAAGAUCCAACGGUCCAGAUCACGAGGUGGAGAUCGAGCUUCUUCCUCAGCGCAGUGAGCCUAAGGAGGGAGGAGGAGGAUUAAAGGAGGGAGUAAAGCACGCAAGGAAGUCGCACAGGCGGCAGCAGUCAUGCCCUACGGACUACUGCCUUGUUGAACAGACUGAGAGGGCAGACAGGACGCAGAGGGAGCGGGUGGAAAGGUCGCCCUCAUCCCGCCCAGCAUCUCGCCACCGCCGGUGCUCCUCAGGGGUGCUGCAGCCCACCUACUCACUAUCGGACCAGCAGCCGUUAAACGCGCUCACAGCCCAGCAGCCCUCAUGCACACCAACAGGGUUUGGUUAUGAUUGCGGGGAAGGAGAGCGAAUCGCAGGCACGCAGUCAAGCAGAGGCAGAACGAGUCCGGGCGUGCAGCAGGAAGCACGGGUGCUCAACCCACUAGGCUCUCGCUUGAACCCACACUUCAAGCCCUGCCAGCCUGGCCCACCACCACAACAAGGUGCCAGUGACGACCCAGCUGCUUCUGCCUCGCUCUCUGAAUCACCCCACCGCCUUCAACCUCCCCCGCAUGAGGAGCAACCGCCUUGCCAGCCCUGCCUGGCCCCACCUGGCCAGGGCUGGCCUGGGCAGGGUCCAUUUGGGGAGGGUGCAUUCGAGCAGGUGAGUUUCCGGUUCAAGGCACCACCUGGGAAUGCACCUGAGAGGUGGCAGCAAGUGAUGGAGGAGAGGGUGCGAGAGGCCUUUGCCAUGGGAUACCUGGCAGGCCUGCGCGAUGCUGCUGCCCACUCUGUUGCUCCUCCUGCUGCUGCUCUGGCUGCUGUUGCAGCGGCUGGUGCAUCACCUGGGCGGUUUGUACCGAAGAAAAUCUCUUCUGAUUCGCAUUACGUCACGUCCCAGUCGAGAGAGCGAGCAGCUCCUCCUCGAAUGUGCAAGAGCAGCACAGUGAGCGGGAUCUCCCACUGUCAAGACCGGUCCCCCCUGCGAUGGACGCGGGAGGUACGGAUGCCUCUAGAGUCGAUUCACCAGAGCAGCACAGUGAGUGGGGGAGGGUCGCACAGCAAUGGCGGUUCCCCAUUGGGAUGGACGGGGGAGGGAGAGGAGCUACCCUGCAGAGCAGGGGAGGAGGAAGGGUCAGUGCGAGCACUCGCUUUCCACAGUGCUGCUGGGUUUGAGCGCUCCUUCUCUGAUAACACAGGGGCAGGACCCGGGGCUGCGGAGCAAACAACAACAGCCUCUGCUGCCUCCUCUGCUGCUGCUGCUGCUGCCUCCUGUCCUGCUGCUGCUGCUGCUGCUGCUGCUGCCUCCUGUCCUGCUGCUGCUGCUGCUAGGGACGUUAUGGGUGUUUGCAGUGACGUGGAGAGUGAUGCUGACAGCUGUCAAUCCCCUGGUGGUGGAGGGAAUGUGGGAGGCGUCCACACGGGUGCCUCCUGCACUGGCUUGCGCUUGAGUCGCAGACUCUUCUCUGGCCGCCUGCUGCUCACCCGUGACUCGUCGUGA